GUAAAUGCUGGGAGGAACCUGCACGGCGGGGCUGAGAGAAAUUGUCUCCUAAUGGUAGCUGAGCUAAUAGGCAAUGUGGUGUAAUAAUGUGUGUAACUUCACUCUGACUUGCAUGUCAACCGCACUCUAAGUACUUCAUUUAUCUACAACAGUUUCUUUCUUUUAAGAAGUCUGUAUUCUCUUCCUUCACGAUUUAUUUAUUUUCAGGCUUCAUUUACUUUUUGUGUUGCUGCAGCCUGGGAAGAUCUUUCAGGUAAUUGUCUUCUCCAGAGCUUCUGUGGUCUGGAUAGGCAUAUUGAGCAUACGAUUCUAGCUGUAAUAGAGUUGUGCCUGAAGAAAAUAGUGGCCAGUUAGAAGGGGGUGUGUCUCGGUUAAGGAGGAGAUGGCUGCAGGGUGGGAUUACUUAUGGCCACUGCUGAAGCAGCGCAGGAAGCCAGUCUUGGAUUAGCAGGGAGAUGCGUUGGCAGGACUUGAGGGCGGAGGUGAAGGUGCGUGGGGAAGACAGGACUGGAGCAGCAGCUAUCUGCUCAUCAAUUCUGUGUCAGUUAUAGAAUUUUCCAGAUUUUGAGGAGCAGGUUUGGAGCAGCAGUUCCCUGAUUUAGCCAGCCAUUGUCUGCAGUGUUAAUGCUGUUGCCCUACUUUAAAAUCAUCUGCUGCCCGUAACACUAUUCCAGAACUUUAAAAGUUGUCUCGUCGAGACUUGUUGCACCUCCUUUUCUGCUGCGCUGGUCUGUUUGUUUGCGCAUCUGGAAAAUUUGUGUUUGGUGAAGGAUGUGAAGCUUGAAAUCUCUGGAUUUGAAAGGUUUAGAUACCGAGGCUGUGUUGGUGCUGUGGGAUCCUGGAAGCCUAGGGGUCUCAUUUAGAGGUGUCUCAGGUAGGUUGCAGGGCAGCCAGCUGUUGUUUUGGAAAUAAACAAGCUGUCAGUGAUAUUGAGACUCUCAGAUUAUUUUUUUUUUUUAAUCUUACAUGGAAUGAUAUCCUUCUAAAGAUUGAAUUUUUUUUCAGUGGAAUUCCAUUGAAUAAUCACUUUUGUGCUUUCCCUUUUCUGCCUCUAAUCCCUCCUACCGCUACUCCCUGUACAGCCCAUGUUUCUUGCUGCAGGAAACUCCUCAUCAUCCUGAUGUGUUACUCUUCUGCUUACAACUCUCUUCAGUCUUGCUUCUUUUUCUCAGGGCUGAUGAAAGCCUUCUCCAGUCCUUUCUCUGUCCUGCAGUUCACUGCAACUCAUCUUUCUUCUGCUGGAAGAUCUCUCUGGCUCUGCAUAACCUCUUCAGCAGGUUUUCUGACACAAGUGUUGCCAGUGAAUCCUUCAUCCACUCUAUUUCUAAUUCUGCUCCUCCUGAAAGCAACGCGCCACCACAGAUACCAGCUUCCAGGCUAAUAGUCAAGCUAUGAUCUGUCAGGCACAAGAAGUAGCUGGAAGUCCUUGUGAUCAAAGAAAGAAACAGUUGAAGGCUAGGGGGCUAAAGUGGGAGAAGGAGGGUCCGAUUUGGUAUAUCUGCAGUAGGGCAGUGGAGCUGUAGGAUAAUUAUACCUCUUGUGGGACUGGAAGAAGAGGGGAUCGAAAGCUGCCAAAGUGCAGAGGGAGACUGGAAGCACAGUGCAAUUCGCCUCAGUUCACUAGCCUUGAGAGAAAGGUGAUCAGGUCUGUAACCAAAGGAUUGCCUGAAUGAGCUACAGCUGCACCUUUACUCUGCUGCCUUUUUAAGAAUUCGGGAUGCUGUAGCUUCCAACUCUAGCGUGGCAAUAAAAAUAUGAGAACGUUUGUGUUAGUCUUCUGACUGUGGUAAUAAAAGAUUUAAACUGUGACUGGAAUUUAUGGUUGAUUUCAGAACCCCAGCAUCCCCAGUCCCGUUGCUGUAGCAAAGCUGUGCAAGGAGCCUCGUACUGGGGUAUUUCAGUAAAAAAGCUGUGUAAUGCAGUGAAAUGUGGUUUGAUUCUUUCUCCAGCCUGACUUAGUUUCCAGUUCUCUCGAUGUAGAUCUGGAGUCCGUCUCAGCCUGAUCUCCUGGGAUCCUGUCACCAUGGAGACCGAAAGUGAGCAGAACUCCAGCUCCACCAGCGGGAGCUCCAGUUCUGGAGGAAGCACGCGUCCUCAGAUAUCACAGAUGUCUCUCUAUGAGCGACAGGCAGUACAGGCCCUGCAGGCUCUCCAGAGACAGCCCAAUGCAGCCCAGUACUUUCAUCAGUUUAUGCUCCAGCAGCAACUUAACAGUGCCCAGCUUCACAGCCUGGCUGCUGUCCAGCAGGCUACAAUUGCAGCCAGUAGACAGGCCAGCUCCCCCAACACCAGCACGCCCCAACAGACCACCACCACCCAGGCCUCUAUCAACCUAGCCACCACAUCAGCUGCUCAGCUGAUCAGUCGGUCACAGAGCGUGAGUUCCCCCAGCGCCACAACCCUGACGCAGUCUGUACUCCUUGGGAAUACCACCUCACCACCUCUCAACCAGUCACAGGCCCAGAUGUAUCUCCGGGUGCAGAACUUGGCUGUGAGGAGCCAGCAGACCUCAGCCACGAAUGUCCCCCUCCAAGGUUCUGCUCAGAAGGCAGCUCUACCGGGAAGCUCCCAGGCUUCGGGCUUACCACAGGCCACCAGCACGGGCCAGACCUUGGUGGUGGCUCAGGCCUCCUCCGGCAGCGCAGGCCAGUCCCUCAACUUAAGCCAGGGGGCAGCAGGCAGCAAUGGUGUCUCUGGGGGUGUGGUGGCAAGUGGUGGGAGCCAGACCUCAACGGGAUUGAGCCAGACCUCCUCAGCAGGCGCCACUGGCAGUUGCCAAAGGAAAGGCACAGGGGUGGUUCAGCCAUUGCCAGUAGCAGCUGCCCAGGCCGUGACUGUCAGCCAGGGAAGCCAGACGGAGACAGAGAAUGCAGCCACGAAAAAGGGCGAAACGGACAGCAGUGGACAACAAACGGUGGGCAUGAACCUGACCAGGACUGCUACACCAGCACCCAGCCAGACGUUGAUCAGCUCAGCCACAUAUACACAGAUCCAGCCACACUCGCUGAUCCAGCAGCAGCAGCAGAUCCACCUGCAGAAGCAAGUGGUGAUCCAGCAGCAGAUCGCCAUUCAUCACCAGCAGCAGUUCCAGCACCGCCAGUCCCAGCUCCUCCACACAGCCACCCAUCUCCAGCUGGCCCAACAGCAGCAACAGCAGCAAGCACCCUCUCUGACCCAACCGCAGCAGCAAGCUCAGCCUCCGCAGCAGCAGGCUCCACCUCAAAACCAGCAGCAGGCUCAGACCCUUGUGGUGCAACCUAUGUUGCAGUCCCAGCCACAGCCUGUGCAGCUCCAGCAGGACAGUCCUUGCCAGUCAGCCACCAAGUCGCCUGUUCCAAUUCAGUCAAAAUCUCUGGUUACCCCUAUCAAACCACCUCAGCUUGGGCCAGCCAAAAUGUCAGCAACACAGCAGCCUCCACCACACAUCCCAGUGCAGGUGGUGGGUACUCGGCAGCAGGGCUCAGGCCAAGCCCAAGCACUGGGUUUGGCUCAGAUUGCUGCAGCAGUGCCGACAUCCCGGGGAAUGCCAGCCGUUGUCCAGCCUGUUUCCCAAGCCCAUGCUGCUUCCCCGUCACCGUCUUCAGCUCCUGCAUCCUCACAGGAAGCUCCUUCUCUCACCACAGGGGUGAAUUUGGCACAAGUUCAAGGCACAGCCCAUAUGGUGAAGAGCCCAGCCUCCUCUCCAGUUGUGGCUCAGAUGCCAGCAGCAUUCUACAUGCAGUCUGUCCAGUUGCCAGGCAAGUCUCAGACCUUAUCAGUUAAGCGCAAAGCAGAGUCAGAGGAGGAGAAGGAGGAAUCACCCAGUGUCACUGCAGUUCUGCCUGCCAGGUCCUCUCCUGUGACAGACAGCCCCAAAAACAUGGAGGAGAAGAGUGGCCUUGGAGAUAAAUCUGAUCCUGCUGCCAUUGCAACCCCAAAUACCACCUCAAGUGAAGGAGCAUCAGUCACCCCCACUGCUGCUCCCACCCCAAACCUGGCAAUGGUGUCACGUCAGAUGGGAGACUCCAAACCGCCACAAGCCAUCGUCAAGCCCCAGAUCCUCACACACAUCAUUGAGGGCUUUGUCAUCCAGGAAGGAGCAGAGCCCUUUCCGGUGGGUUGUUCUCAGCUGCUGAAAGAAUCUGAGAAACCGCUGCAGGGAGAGGCUCCUUCUGGCCAGAGUGAAAACCUGUCCAGCAAUUCCCCAGGAGGGGACAGUGCUUCUGUGGAGCUUGAUAAGAAAGCAAACUUGCUGAAGUGUGAAUACUGCGGAAAGUAUGCCCCAGCAACCCAGUUCCGUGGCUCCAAGAGGUUUUGUUCCAUGACCUGUGCUAAAAGGUACAAUGUCAGCUGCAGCCAUCAGUUUCGGCUACAGAGAAAGAAGAUGAAGGAAUUCCAGGAAGCUAACUAUGCUCGUGUGCGCCGACGGGGACCACGUCGCAGCAGCUCUGAAAUCGCUCGAACAAAGAUCCAGGGCAAGCGCCACAGGGGCCAGGAAGACUCAAGUCGAGGCUCUGAUAACUCCAGCUAUGAUGAAGCUUUGUCCCCUACAUCGCCAGGACCCCUGUCAGUAAGGGCCAGUCAUGGAGAGAGGGACCUGGCAAACUCCAGUAUGGCCCCACCUACCCCAGAUCUACAUGGCAUCAACCCAGUCUUCCUGUCCAGCAAUCCCAGUCGUUGGAGUGUGGAAGAAGUGUACGAGUUCAUUGCAUCACUGCAAGGGUGCCAGGAGAUUGCUGAGGAGUUUCGGUCACAGGAAAUCGAUGGCCAGGCCCUGUUGCUUCUGAAGGAGGAACACCUCAUGAGUGCCAUGAACAUCAAGCUGGGACCGGCUCUCAAGAUCUGUGCCAAGAUCAAUGUCCUCAAGGAGACCUAACAGCUUUGAAGCCAGAGGUCUCACUUUUGCUCUGACCCUAGGGCAGCUGUCAGCUUUGGAGAAUCCUGUUGUGGUGGGGAAGAAUGGGACAGUCCCCUGUGGUCUUGCAUUCAAGAAGAAUGAGAAGGAAUUUAACUGAUUGAAACUGCCAUGCGCAAGCCCAUGUCUUGGUCUUUUAAUGGUGCUACAAGGGGGAGGAAAACUCCCAACUGGAGCCUUGAAACAUCUUUCUUUCUUCCUGAUUUUGAAUAUGCCGCUCCUGUAUACCACGUAAAGACAGGAAGGGCUCCUCUUUCUGUCCUAGCAGCCUUCUGAAAGGGAACUGCCUUCACUGCUUUUUUGCUACAGCAGGUCUGCUAGAUCUUAGUUUUGAAUCUUGCUGUGCCAGAACUUGAGGCAUAGGAAGAGCCUGCCCCACAUGGACAUUGGGAGCAGCUCUGCUUGGGGCAUUUAGGAAGGGGAGCUAGUAAAUUCCAAGUGACAGAGGUGGACAAACAAGAAUUUGAUCAAAAGGGGCUGCUGCUGUCCCACUCUUAAAAUUAAAACAAAAAAACCCAACAAAACCCAAGGCUGUUCAUAAAUUGGGUUUAAUAGCCAUUCCAGCAUGCAUACCAAACUUGAAGGCCCGUGGCAAUAGGAGCUGCCUUAGCUUUACUGUCUCCUGUAGAGAUGCAGAGUGAAGACAAAGUGUUGCGGCAGCUGUUCACUCCAGAUGCUCUUCUUUGAACCAGUCAGAGGAGGAUUUAUCCUGAG